AUGAAGGGUGACCCAAGUACUGAAUCGGUCGUCACACAAGAUAAUCAGGACCUCAAUAGUGCUGGUGCCAGUCGGCUAUUGCGAACCAUUCAUUCCUCAUAUGGUGAUCGUAGGAGGUGCGUUCGAGUGAACGGAAUGAGUUCAUGGUACCAAGGUAUAACGCUGGAUUUGGUGCGGCGGAGAGCAGAGCAUAACGAUGGGGAGAUCGGGACGUUGGAGGAACUCUCCCUUCAUCAGCAGGACAUCGAGCGGUUGGAGAACCUAAACAAAUGGUGCAGAAACCUCCGAAUCCUCUACCUCCACGCUAAUCUCAUCCCUCGCAUCGAGAACGUAAAGCAACUGAAACGUCUGGAAUACCUGAAUCUGGCCAUGAACAACGUCCAGCGAAUCGAAAACUUGGAGGGAUGCGAGAACCUGCGAAAACUUGACCUCACCCUCAACUUCAUCGCGGAGGUCACCGGCGUUCACAACCUCUCCAAUAACAUCCAUCUUCGGGAGCUGUAA